AUGGCUAUUGAUGAUGAUUUGCCCUCAUUAAAGCAACCAUCAGUUGUUUUCACAUCGUCUUGUUCUUCAUCAGCAUCAUCAUCAUUAUCACCAUUUAUUAGACAAAGACGUCUAAUACAAGUAGCAACAGAUAAUAGUGCAACAUUUAUUCGAUUUCCUACUAAUGCUCAUCAAUCAUCUCUAUUUGUUCCAAUUAGUCGUCCUAUAAUAAGUCAUUCGUCAAGACGUCAAUCUUCACCUUCAGUUGAUACUCAAUCAUUAUCAAAUCAAUCAAAAUCUUCAAUACAUGCUGCAACAUCCAGCAUUACAAGUGGCGAUCAUAAACCUGAUCAUUCUCAACAACGAAUCAAUCCUAUUUUAAUCAAUCCUCUUUUAAAUCAUCGAAAAGAACAACCAAAAUGUCCUCCAAUAAAAAUUUCAAAUGAACAAUCAUCAAAACUAUUAUCAAAUAAUACUCAAAUAACAACUAAUCGUGCAAGUACAGUUCCUCCUAUUGUUCAUCAACAAGAAAUAAAUAUCAAUUUAUCUGAUAGAUUAAUCAUUUCAAUUAAUAAUAAAACUUCUCAACAACAAAUGAAACAUGUCGAUGAAAAUAAAUAUGAUUAUAUCAAUCGUUGGUUAAAUGAAGUCCGAACAGCAACGUUUUCUAAUGAAAUUUGUCGAUCAGAACCAAAACGUACAAAACGACGAGUGUUACCAUCAUAA